GAAAUGUGCCAAUUUCCUCCACAAUUCUUGAUCGCAGAGCGCGCUGGAAAACAAGGAAGCGCCGAAGAGAGCAAAGCAAUAGUCGAAUUCAUCGCAGUCUUUGAACCCUAAAUCUUGGAUCUUCAACAUGGAUUCAGAAGGGCAACGAACAUCUUCAAACCCUUCCGCAAUGCUGGCUGCUCUAUUGUGCAAAAGGGCUAAACUUCAUGAAGAGCUCCGGAAUAUCGAAAAACAGGUAUAUGAUAUGGAGACGGGUUAUUUACAGGAUCCGAGCCAAUGUGGCAAUGUCUUGAAAGGUUUUGAAGGGUUUUUGUCUUCUUCCAAGAACACUACACUCUUGAAACGAUCAAGGAAGUUUCAGCCUGACGACAGGCUGUUUUCAUUGUCGUCUGUCACUUCACCAGCUGCGGAAGAAAUAGCAAGAGAUGGUGGUGUAACAACAAAUGGGCCUGGGAAACCGAAGAAAGGUAGAGGGCCGAGAGAGGCGAAGAGAAGGCAAUCUAGCGAAGCUGACUUUGACUAUGAAGAUGAUCCUGAUCUGAUGUAGUGACUCCCUAUAGAAAUCAAUAUCAAGAAGACUGACUUUACUGGCUACUCAACUUCCUACCUUUCCGGCUCCGAGCUUAAGUUUUCGUUGUUGCGAAGCUUACAUGUUUCCAACAAUAUUUAACCAUCUUCAUGUAUAUAAACAUCUAAUUGCUGUUCUUGAAACACAGGUCCUUCAGCUAGGUUUUUUUUUUUUGGUAGUUGAAGCGUUGAAGGUCAAUCUUCUUGUAUAACUAACUAAAAAUACUUGAGCUAUUUGAUCGACUUUCUUGCUUUUUGAA